UCGGAGGUAUCGAUGUGCCCCUUUGUCUCGGUAAUGGCCCUUGACAAAUUUAGAUAUAUGAUAUAAUCCGAAUUGUCUUAUAUACAAAUUGUAUUUACUAUAAUGACUUACUAUAUGAUACGCGCCGUACGCGCGAAGAGGAAGAGACAGAUUUUAUUUACCAAAUAUCAGUUUUCUAAUAAAAGUCUUUUUGUGAAAGAAAAUAACUCAACGAGUACACAUCAUCACCUUGUCACUGUGAUGAAUCAUCUGACGUAAAUUGUUUCAUUUCAAAAUUUGCGCGCGUGUUGCCAUUUCGAGUAGAAUCGUCGUGCAAAUCAUCACGGGCUUUAACAUAAGAAGAUAGCAUAAUCGCAAAUAAUCGCGUUCGAUACGACAACUUCUCCUUCAUAACACGAUUUGUCAAACUUCUAUGAACAUGAAAUUCGAUUUCUUGAUUAACUCCAGGUUAAUGUGAUUAUGACAUCGACGUUUGCUUGCGCAAUGUACUGCAGGAGCUUUCACAGAGCCGCAAUAUGAAAAAUCGACUGUAUUGUAUCUUCGUUGUGCUUGAGAUAUUACAAUCGUCGAUUUGUUAUACGAAAAUUAUUAAUGAAACUUGCAGAACGAAACGAGAGGUAUCCAUUUCUGAAACAUCGCAAUCGGAAGAAGGCACUAACUACGCGAAAGGAAUUCAAGAAAUAAACUUGGGACACGCGGAUGAAGAAAAAAGCGAUGCUGAUCUCGAAGAGAACGAUACAUAUCAAGACAAUACGGAAGAGGAACGCAAGAUUUCGAGCCGAUCAAACGCUGAAAAAUCCAUUGAUCGUAAUAACGUAGCUAAAUAUUCCAACUUGCAACCCUCAAACGAAAGAUCAGACUAUAUAGAAGAGGCAGAUGAAGACGUGGCGAAACAACGUGAUAGAAACGAAGAAAAGAGCAAUCUUGUGCGCUUAUCCCGUAAUGUAAAUAGCGAUAAAUAUACCGAUCAGGAUGAUAGAUCGAGUCUAUAUGAUGACUAUGAAGCAAAAGACGUCGCGAAACGUGGCGUUCUAAACGGUGCAGAGGAUUACGAGGAAAUGAAGGACGACCCAUCGGGAAUGAUGGAAGACAUGGCUGCGGUGCAGGAGCGAGAAUCGAUAGAUGAACCCGAGAAGAGAGAAAUAUCGAAAGAUAAUCGGGUGAAAAGAGAUCAAGCGAUUUUAAAAGCGCUUGAUGAAUCCAAAACAAAUCCAGAUAAUUCAGCAACGUUGGAAGAGUCAAAGAUUGCGGCGAAAGAGCCUUAUUCGCCCGAGGUUUCUCGAAUCGAACCAGCAGAAAGUUUUAGCAAGACACCCAACGACGCGUCUGAGAUCAAAGAUAUCGGAUCGAAUAAAAUGAUCUCGAAGAAUGAUUCUUUCAAGACACAAGAACCAACGAGUCUGGUCGCUUCGCCGUCUCAAAGAGACGGGUCAAAUGCGGAAUAUGAGAAACGCGUGGAGGAAGAGAUUCAACGGAAAAUUGAUUCGCUCAAGGAGGAGAUCCAACGAGACAUAGAGGCACGACAACGAAUAAAAGACAUCGAGGAAAAUAAUAUCAAAUUUAACGAGCUACAGGAUGAGGAGUAUGAAGAUGAGGGAAGACAAAACUCCGAGAGUGAACCGAUUGAAAAGCGUCAGAUUAUAGUCAAAAAAUCCAUACAGGGAAUUGCCGAUAAUGCAGCCACUUCCAAAAUAAACGAAAAGCAUCGAUCUUUAAAAAGAGAACCGUAUAAAAAACGUUCUAACAAAAUUAAUAAGUUAGAUACAUCAAAAGAGAAUGAAAAUCUGAAAAGACGAUUUGUGGCCAAUCGCGACAAGUUUUCCGAUCGAAUUCCUUCGAACGAAUCUUUUAAAAAGAAACGGGAACAUAUCAGGCAAAUUUUUUUGAUGAAUAACGAUCAACAUCAGACAAAGAAGAGACAAUCAAGUAGCUAUAUAUCGUCAUCUAACGGAAAAGCCAUCAAAUCCGGAAAUGAAUUGUUUACGAAUCCCAAUUUAAAUUCUUUUCUCCAUACAGAUAAUAAAAUGUCUCAAGCAUAUUUGCCCACUAGCAGCGAAAAUGAAAAUAAUGAGAGAGAACAUCCUGCAGAACAUUCCGAUUCCUUAGUAUCUUUAACUGGAAGCUCACAGGAAUUAAAUUCACGUUUAGAGAAAGAGUACAGAGAGGCUUUUGGUGGAUUACAGAAUGAGCCCGGCAAUGCUUUAGCUAGAUUUAAAAGAAUCAAACGUGUGUUAGUAUCCUAAUGCAAAAAUUUGAAACUUCUCUCGAGAUGUAAAAUGGUAUAGAUAUUAUUUUUUCAUUCUUUUACAUAUAUGUACAUUCUUCAUGUACAACACACACAUACAC